CGCCCCAGACUCCCAGAGUGCCACACGCAAAACUCUCUCCACGCCGGUGCCGGGAGUCCAUGCACCUCCGGUCGGAUCCUUUUGCUUUACGGCGACCGGGUUAUUAUACUAUUUGCAGUGAUACCGGGGGGUGGAGUGAUUAGUCCGCUCACUCUCAGCUUCCAUUAUUGGUUCCAAGAAGGCUUUAAUCGCCUUUUGUGGCCUGUGCCCCCACACGAACGAUACGGGCAAUCAGAACAGAGUCAAAACCCCGCCUCCUCCCUAUAUAUACGCGCCUCGCCCGGUCUCACUCUCGUCUCUCGCUCCCCUUCCCCUGUCCUCCCCCACGAAGCCGAGCACCGUGCAGUGCGUCCUCUGCAUCGGCCUCGACGCUCGGCAGGGCCGCGUGUAUGGGGUCACGGCAGGACAGGGAGAAGGGAGGAGACGAAGCCGAGGCCGUGGCGCCGGAGCCGGAGGAGAAGCGCGUGCAGCUGGCGGGCGCCGCCUACAACAUCAACGACAACGCCGACAUCCUGUCGGAGAUCCUGUCCCGGCUGGACGGGCGCUCGCUGGCGGCGGCCGCCGGCGUGUGCCGGCUCUGGGCCGCCGUGUCGCGCCGGGACGCCGUCUGGGAGGCGCUCUGCCUCCGCCACGUGGGGCCCACGGCCAGGUCGGGCCUCGGCGCCACCCGGGCCGUCGUGGGCGCGCUCGGCGGGUACCGCCGCCUCUACCGCCUCUGCCUCGGCCCGGCCCUCGACCGCCUGGGCCUGGCGGCCCACGCGCAGGCCCGCGCCCGCCUCUCGCUGUCCCUCUCGCUCUCGCUCUUCUCCAUCGACUGCUACGAGCGCCUCGGCGGCGCCGGCGCCGGCGCCGGUGCAGGGAGGCCGCCGCCGCCCCCGUCGUCGCUGCUCUUCCUCUGCAAGCCCGUCGACGUGUCAUGAUCGAUUCCAUUGCCUCAUUCCUUCUCGAUCGCUCAUUCAAUGCGGGCCGUCCGAUCCGGUUGUCGUCGCGUUCCUGGCCGGCGUGCGCGCGCAACCUGUUCGACGACGGCCCGCGGUUAAGAUAGUCUCUCUCGUUUAUUUUACCACCCACAAUAAGAAUUGAUUAUGCAUUGAAUUAGCUGUACCGGAGGGCCAUUGAAUAUGGAAAUAAUUAGUGAUUUUUAAAUUCA